AUGCAAUCAGCGCAAUGUUCCUCAAAUUCCAUGAGUCUUCAAAAUGACUUAAUAAUGUCAUGGCCAACCGCCCAAACAAGAGAACACCCGGAAUUAUUGAGAAGUCAACCGAAAAUUGAGUUACCGCAGUGUUCAAGUGAUUCGGAUCCACUAUUCACCGAAUUGUUGUCAAACUUCUUGAUAAGUGAAGGAAUUCCAUUGGAAGUCUCAAGAGAUUCAACAUUUCAAGACCUCAUCAGUCAUUUCAAUCCGAAAUGUAUAAUUCCGACUGAAAAUUCGAUGACGGAAUACGUGGAGAAACACUAUGUGAAGCCAUUAAUUCAUUAUCCGAAGACUAUUGGACCAAUUAGUGUGACAAUCGAUAUUUACGGCGAUUUGAAUGAGAAAUUUCUCGUUUUUUCAAUUCAUUAUUUUGAGGAUAUUUAUGAAAGAAAGAACGCUGUCUAUUUGAAGAAAAUAUCAAAUAAUCGAAUUAACACUCUCAACACAAUCUGCCGUUCAGUGAACAACUACUCUUUUCGAGAUGUGAAAUUCACUAAUUUAGUCGGUUCGAAUCAAGAAAUCCUCGGAAUGAAUGGGUCUAGAGAACUUGUGAAUCAAUUUCAUAUCUGUUUCUAUCGAAAAAUGUCAAAAUUUGUGAAAAACUUGCUGGGAAUUAACAUUUUUUCACACGGAUUGGAUUUAUUGAGACGAUUUAUUCGAUUUAUAAAAGGAAAUCCGGAUUUAUAUCGCAUGUUUGAAAAUUUCCAAUCCGCGAGAAAUCAAGAUUCAAAAGAACCAAACCUGCCAUCAAUGGACAAUGAUUCGUGGGAAGUUACAUACAUUUUUCUAACAAAAUGCCUUCUCCUCCACGAAUCAUUCGUCGACUUCUGCGAACAAUACAAAAUUCGUCUAUAUAUCACUAAUAUGGUCUUCAAACAUCUGAUUCAUCUCCAACGUCUUCUUAGACAAUGCGUCUACUACUGUAGAUCGUUGAGUACUCCGAGUAGCUCUAUCUCUCAAAUUAUACCAGCCAUCGAGGGAUUACGACGACUGAUUGAUAGAGAAUUCCCAUUUCAACAAAAGAAAGUUCUGGAAUUGUUGGAUUCAUCGUUCGAGAACUAUUCUAGAAAUUGCUAUGAAAUAGCUGUUUUAUUGGAUCCAUUAUUCUCUUACACUGAUAUUUUCCCGGUGGAAAAGUGGAGAGAUUUGGAGAAUUUAGUCAUCGAAGAGUUCGUCAAGACGAAUUGGAAAUGGACGGUACAUUCUGGAAUUCAGGAUGCCACGAUGAUGAAUUCGAGAGAGCGAAUGACUUUUAUUAGCUCGGAAAUAGAAAUCUAUCGAGAAUUUUCUAUAAAAGAACGCCCUGAAGAAUCCGAUUGUCCAUUUCUUUGGUGGGCGGAGCGUCAAUCUCAAUUCGAGUUUUUAUCGGUGAUGGCGAGAGAAUACUUCUCGUGUCCAGCAGUGUCCAUCGAUGCAUCUUUCUACUUUUCGGAAGGCGGAAAACUUUAUAGAUUAUCCAAGAUGUAUUCAGGACAACAACUAGAACAAAGUCUGAAUCUCGCCGGGUCUCAUCAGGAAUUCCGAGGAAAAGGAGCAUCAGAAGACGAUAUUACCAACAGUAUGAUUGAGAAAUUGGAUGGGUUGACACGAAACUCGAAAUCGAAAAUACCAUAUUUUCAAACUAUUCGAAAAGUCGUUUUGAAAAAACCAGUGGCACAACUAGAUGUGAAGACAUUCGAUCCGGAAGAACCACCGAAAACUGCGCCAAUUAAACGUAAACGCGCUCUACCGAAUCCGGAAGAACCCAAACCUCCCCCACGUUCACAUUGCACUAUCUGUAAAGAUUUAAAGCAAUACGAUUCACUUUGGUAUUUCGGACGACCAAUUGAACGACAAAUUCUCAUUCUUGGAUACCUGUCUAGAGGAUUUGAUCUACAGGAAGAUAUAGCGAAAAUAAUGAGGAAAAAGGCGUUCAAUGUAUGUCCCUGUCAUAUUCGGGAGACUAUCGAGGAGAUUUAUGAAAAGUUGGAGCUAAAAGUCCCGAAAGAUCUCUAUUCAUGUUCGAUGGAGCUAUUCGAGAAUAUGUUUAAUUCUGUAGCACAUUUGAGUCCUGGAAUGACGAAAGAAGAAUUUCAAGAGGCGCUUUUUGAGUUCUUCGUCAAAUAUGAGGAUGUAAGGGAAGAGCUGACGCGGCCCAAAUUACCAUGGAAUAAAGUUGUGAAAGUAAAUCAGGAAGACGAGCUCCUGGAGUCAGAAGGAACUUCUAGGCCAGACGAAGACGAAGUUGAUCCAUUGAGUGUAGACCUCAAUUCCAAAACCACAUACGAUCUUUCUACCCCUAGAAAUCGUCGAUGUACAAUCUGUAGGCUAUUGAGAGGGCAUGGUGAUAUUAAACCAUUCCGAAAAGAAAGUGAUCGACAUCUGAUUAUUAUCGGAUGCCUCGUUGGAGAAUCAAUCAAUAUUCGACAAGCCGAGGCGCUUAUGAAGAAAACCAAUAUAUAUGUAUGCAACAGUCAUAUUGAGGAGACUCAUAGAGAGAUUUUGAAGAAAUUGUGCUCGGAAGAUCUGGAUGCUGGAUCGAAGGAGAUGAUGACUACUGUAACACUUUUGAUGCCAGAGUUGAAAAUAUCAACUUUGAAACGAAUGCUCAACGAGUUUCUGAUUAAAUUCAACUUUUUGAUGAGCGAGGAGCAGAAAUACGUUCCGAAACCACGACGAACUCAAAAAACUCAAAAAUCAGCAUCUAAGGAAUCGGAAGAAUCGGAAGAAAAAGACCAAAGUGAAGAAAACGAUUCUCUAGAUGAAGGCGGAGAAACUCCAGAAUCUCCAGGAGAAUCUUCAGAAGAAUCCACGUCAUCUGCGAAAAAAGAGAAAAAGAAGAAAUCUAGAAAAAGAGGAACAGCACGAGUUUCGUCACGGAAACUGCGGAGAACGAGAAAGUAUUAG